AUGCCUUCAAAACGACGUCGAACAGCCAUGAGAGGCCGACGAAAAAAAGAAACACAAGAAUCUCGUUCUCAAUUUAUCUAUUUACCAAUAUUAUAUGAAAGCAGUAUACAAAAAAGUGAUUCAGAUAUUCGUACAAUGCCUGAUCAUACAUUUGGAAAGGUAUAUUCAACUCAAAUAGUUUCUCAUAAUCAAACCAUAGAAGAAAGACCUUCUCCAACUUCAUCCAAUAUGAUUGAAUCAGAAACUAUUGUACCAUCCAUACAAAAGUCAAGAAAAAUUAAAUCAAUAAAAAGGAAAGAAAAUAAUCGAAAAUUUUCAUAA